AUGGGGUUGCAAUCCGAAGUUUGUCUUUGGACGCUCCUCGGGCUCCUGAGAACUAUAUUUGAUGCGACUCUCUUCAAAGUGAAUGCUAAUUUGAAGCAGGUGUGGCAGAUGAGUAUGCCCGAAGAGCUGUCACUACCUGUGCAGCGCGCACUGAGGACUAUGAUCUCGGGUGUUAUGCUAGUACAGUGUUUCACUGUCUACGUUUAUCUAGCAUCCUAUAUAGUGCUGUUGUAUCCUGUAUUUUUGGAAGAACGGCCGACAUUAGUACUGCCUUGGCUUCUUCUGGCAGCUAUAAGGAAGCUGUUGUGCGAAUUGACGAGCUUGGCUUUGGGUUUAGGAACAUGUGUCUUAUUAGGGGCAGCCAGACCACCCUGUAUUAAAUUUGUAGUAAUCAAAGUAAUUUCUAUAAUGCCUUCCUUCUACACAUGGAUGCUGAUAUACAGCUAUUAUCAUGCAUUAAAAGUUACUUCGGUGUUCAAAAACUUUCCUGCAGUAUUACCUACUAGUGAGCAUGAUUAUGGAUUGGAACUAGCAUUAAGAAGGAGGCGUGCUAAAUCCUUACUAGGAGAAGACCAGUUGCGCAAAAACUUAAUUUCUGAUUUUUACAAUCAUUCUCCAGCUGUAACGAACACAGACACUAUUCACUUAAAAUCUGAUUACUCAUCCCGAAUGAGUCACGGUACAGAUACGAGUGCAGAAGACCUAAAAGAAGACAUCAAUAAUAUCGAAUCUAUUAAAUUAGACGAAAAUUUGAUAACUCCAGUUUGUUGUGAAGACUGGUUAGGAAGAGAAGUAAUGGCACCUCGUGAUACUGACCGCAUUCUUGAACAAUUUGGUGUCAUGAUGUUACGAAUAAGCGCAUUUUUAACGAAUAAAGGAACCGAUACAAAUGAUCCAGAAACAUUUAAUUCCCAUUCCAUUUUCACAGAACUAAAGCAAAGUCAUCUGGACUGUACAGCAAUGCCACCGGAUAAUGCCGAUACGCCACCUUUGGUUGGAAGUAGUAGCGCUAGAACUGCAUCGUACUUAAGAGACUAUCCACAAAUAUUCCAAAAGAAAAAUGACAUUCCUAUGAAUCUUGGUCGUGAUAACAGCAUUGGUCGCUCUUCACCACGCAAUAAAGUUCACGAUGGUGAUAAUGAUUCAAUAUAUCGUAAAUGGUCCAACUCUAUGGCAUCAGAUGGAUCAAUACACGUAGAUACAAAAUCUUCUGAAAAAUCGAAUACAAAUGAACCGCAACUUAACAAAGACGUGCAUGAUAAACCAAGUGAGAAAAGUGUAACUUUUUCUCGAAAUGAAAAUCCUCGUUGCGAUUAUGAAGUAAAAAAUGCAACAAAUUCGAGAGUAACUUUAGGAUUGAUCAAUAAUAAAAAGGAAAGUGAAGUUAAAGUCACGACUACAUUUUCAAACCAAACUUUAAAUGAAUCUGAAAUAAGGAUAUCAUCGAUCACUUGUAUAAAGAUAAAUGAUGAAGAAAGUCCCGUGCAGGUAAAGCGAUUUUCACACAACAUUUAA